GUAAUAAUUGUUUAAAAUCUGAAUGGAUAAUUAAAAAAGAUAUAGCAGCAACAGGCGAAGUUAAAUGCACCGACCAAUUCAAUGGCGGCGAUAUCGUUCUGCUCGCUCACAUUCUCCUCCAUCAAAAUUAACCCCACAAACCUUCGCAACAAUUUUGGCAUCAACAAAUUCCCAGCAAAACUUGUCAUUCGUGCACAGCAGGUGAAAACAGAGCUCCCCACAAAAUGCAACAAAGCGCUGGCAGCAGCGGCUGCCAUUUGUGUUGUGCUAAGCAGCCAGUCAUCCAUGGCAGGGGAGAUGGUAGAGGAGUUCUCCAAAUACUACGGAACAGCAGCCAGUGCCGCCAAUUAUGGUGGCUAUGGCGGCAAUGCGAGCAAGAAAGACAGUGCAGAGUACACUUAUGACGUUCCCAGUGGCUGGAAAGAGCGCCUUGUCUCCAAAGUGGAAAAGGGCACAAACGGUACAGACAGUGAAUUUUAUAACCCUAAGCGAAAGGCUGAGAAGGAGUAUUUAACUUUCCUCGCUGGAUUUCGAACCCUGGCUCCUAUGGACAGCGUCUUGAACAAUUUGUCACUCUCCGAUGUCAAUUUGCAGGAUAUUAUAUCGAGUGCCAACAGUGUGAAGUCCACCGAGAGGAGGGGGGCGAAUGGACAGGUUUAUUAUGAUUUUGAGAUUGAUAGUCCGAUGGCGCACAGCCUUAUUUCGGUGACGUGUGCCAAGAAUAAAUUGUACGCGCAUUUUGUUAAUGCGCCGGCCCAGGACUGGACGAAGGACGAAGCUAUGCUUAAGCAUAUUCACGAGUCUUUUUCCACUGUGGGUAUGACUGAUUCUGCCUAGGUUUGAGAAUUUAAGCGCACCCAUUUGAAGAAAUUUGGGGUAAUUGGCUGUAAGUUGCUCUUUUGUGCAGAGGGUUUGAUUUCAACUCAUAAGGUGAUAUGUUGUAUUGUAUUACGUGGUUUUAAAGUAGGCUUCUUUUCUAACUGCUGUAAAUUGAACUCAGAGAAUUAUAAGUUCUAUUAUAUUAUAUGGGAUUCAAUUAAGGUUCGUUUUGAGCCCUUGAAGAUUGAA